UCAUCCCGAUACCAUCCUCGCGCCAUCCCGCUCGAGGAGCAACAGCCACCAUCCUUUCAGCACGUGCCAAUACAUAGGUUCGCGCAUUGGAAUCUUAGAAGCUUGCCUUAAGAGACAAGCAACGCCAAUCACAUCGGGAGCACAUCCCACUUGGAGAUCCAUUCACCAUGGAAACCACAAAGACCAAGUCUAAACGCAAGCAGAGAAAGACUUCCACGUCCAGCCGUCGUGGACAUGAUGCCGACACGCGUAAGGCCGCCGACGCUACUUCUGCAGGGUCAGGUCCCAGCUGCACCUCUGGUCCCAUGUCGGCCGCAAGUCACGAGACAGUGCCUUUCUUGGACCCCGAUAAGGCAGAUGGCGUCGAGGUAACCACGCAUCAUGGAACCUGUACAUCGCCCAUGAAGACAUCUACGAGGAAGGACAAAACUGGAGAGCUCAAGCCGGGUCCCGAACCUUCACUGAAGAAGCAUCGUCGAAAGAGAAGGGGCACCUUAUCAGACAAGCCUCCGGAGGAGACGGAACACGUGUAUGCAUCAUCGCGCAAGGAGUCUUGCUCCACUCUACCGCCGCCACCACAAAAGGAAAGUCCGAAGGCGUCUGAGCCCCACCUCCCGGAGGCCAUUACUUCGGAACACACAACGUCAAUUAUUCCAGAACUUGUGGGGACAUCCGUGCACCAGGCGCACUCUAGCCCCGAUUUACUACCGUCACCACCGAAGGCCAGUCCAAAGGCGUCCCAGUCGCACCUCUUGGAAGACAACGCUGAAGGAAAUGUUACGUCAGUUCCAUCUGCGCUUGGAACGGAAGCGUCUGGGAAAGAUCCCGUUCUCGAAACAGAGCAGCCUCCGAAGAACCAUGACGUGGCAGCCGGAUUAGAGAGUGACACGGCUCCACAACGAGAACCAUCUCAAGAUCGCACUACCGCAGAGGGGAAAGACCUUCUAUCGACCGGUGUCAAAGAAAUUAGCCCUGGGCCGCUACGGAAGAAUGUGGCGGUGUCGACGGAGAUGCACGUGUCGGAGACCACGGUGGAGCUCGACGUGAACCCGUACGUGCGCUAUCCACUCGUCAGCCUCAACAUCUGCUUUUGGCUCUUUGGCUUCCUACUCAUCAUGGCCGGCCUCUAUGCCUACAUCGACACCUGGAACCAGUCCCAGUAUUCCUCCUUCAGCUCCAGCAAUAACAUCUACAGUGUGAUUAUGGUCCGUGUGGAGAUCACCGUGAUGCUGUUGGGUGCGGCCCUUCUAUCCCUGUCCUUCUGCGGCUGUGUGGGUGCGUUGCGGGAGAACACCUGCCUGCUCAACACCUAUUCCUACUUCAUCACAGCUCUGCUUCUCAUCAACCUCGUAAUGGGAUUGCUCGUCUUCUUCCUGCCCACACAAUUCAAGCGGCUUCUCCGCUCUACUCUCACCCAGAACCUCGUCCUGCACUAUCGCGACAACCCGGACUUCCAACAACUGAUAGACACCAUACAGGAGUACCUGCGCUGUUGCGGCAUAUCUGAGAGAGCCUUCCGGGACUGGGACGAUAAUAUCUACUUCAAUUGUAGCCGAUCCAAUCCGAGCUACGAACGGUGCUCCGUACCCUACUCGUGCUGCAAACGCAACGAGACUGACAGUGUUGUCAGCCUGUAUUGCGGUCAUGGAGUGCUCAACAUGACCGACUACGACGCAUGGUUCAAGGUGAACACAGGAAACUGCUUGGACGCCGCCCACCGUUACAUCCGCGAAAACGUCACCCUCAUCACAGGGCUCUGCUUGGUGAUUGUAAUCAUGCUGGCCUUUGUGCAAAUGGUCACCCAAGCACUCAUUGACGAGAUACUCAUCAUCAGGAAAAUUUAUGACAAAUUCUACGACCGCGUUCAUGACAUUCGUGCCGCAGAGUUCUCAGAGUGAAUGUGUAUCAUCAAUGCAACAGCCAUAUACAAAAUAAGGGAUUACUAUGAAACAAAUACUCAUUAUUUUACCGAAAAUAAAC